CAUCAAUAAUUAAGGGAUCUUACUGUAAUUAACCCUAAAAAUAUCAACUAGAUAAAUUUCAAACAUUUUCCACACACUUCAAUUGUAGUUUGACAAUCACACUACAUAAAAAUACACAUCCCUGAAACCCUUCCUGUUCCACCAAGAAAAUGCCUCAGUUACACAGACCCACCAUGGAAAAAAACAGAGUAGAGACUUCACUCUCAUCAUUGAUCAGAAAUAAGUCUCUCCUUCUCGUCGGAGCAAUAGCUUUACUUGCUCUCCUAGUUUGGACACUUGGGUCCUCCUCUGCUCAGCGUUGGCUACCGGCGGCGGAAGGCGGCUCGGCCGUGGAUCCGCUCUGUGUUACAGGUAACGAAAACCAGACAACAUUCUAUGACGACCCGAAUCUUAGUUACUCGAUUGAGAAGCCAAUCAAGAACUGGGACGAGAAGAGACGAGAGUGGCUAAAGAUUCACCCGAAUCUUGCUGCCGGGUCGAGUCGUCGGGUUCUUGUCGUGACCGGGUCGCAAUCCUCGCCAUGCAAGAAUCCAAUCGGAGAUCAUCUGCUUCUGAGGCUUUUCAAGAACAAGGUUGAUUACUGUCGGGUCCACGGGUAUGAUAUCUUUUACAACAACGCCUUGCUCCACCCGAAGAUGGGUUCUUAUUGGGCCAAAAUACCCGUGGUUCGAGCCGCCAUGGUAGCCCACCCGGAGGUUGAAUGGAUCUGGUGGGUCGACUCGGAUGCGGUUUUCACUGAUAUGGAUUUCAAACCGCCGUUGGAGGAGAGGUACAAAAAUUAUAACUUGGUAGUGGGCGGGUCGCCUGACAUGAUUUAUGAGAAUCCGAGUUGGCUCGGACUCAAUGCUGGGGUGUUCUACAUUCGAAAUUGUCAAUGGUCUUUAGAUUUCAUGGAAGAGUGGGCUAAGAUGGGCCCACAGACUCCGAAUUACGAAAAGUGGGGCCAAAUUCUAACCACGGCGAUCAAGGAUAAGUUGUACCCUGUGUCAGACGAUCAAACGGCUAUGGUGUAUUUGUUGAUGAAAGAAAGGGAGAGGUGGGGGGACAAGGUGUUCUUGGAACAUGAAUAUUGUAUUCAAGGGUAUUGGUUGCAUCUGGUGAAGACACUUGAUAAUAUCACUCGUAAUUACAUUGGGUUGGAGAAGAAAAUAGAGAGAUUGAGGAGGCGACAUGCGGAGAAGGUGAGCGAGAGUUAUGGGACAGUGUGGGAGCCAUAUCUAGAGGAGGCUGGGUAUCGGAAAGAUGCUGGGAAGCGGCCAUGUAUCACGCAUUUCACUGGGUGUCAACAGUGCAGUGGGGAGCACAAUUCUAUGUACGAAGGUGAUUCUUGCUGGAAGGAGAUGGAGAGGGCAUUGAAUUUCGCAGAUAAUCAAGUGCUUCGUAAUUAUGGGUUCAUGCACCAAGACCUACUAGAUUCUUCCCCGUUGUCACUUGUGCCAUUUGGUUUCCCUGCAUAGGCGGGAGAUGUCAUGCCAAAUUAUUUCUGAGACGACGACUACGGCCUAUGGCGAUGCAAGAUUGCAAUAUGUUUACGUAGAAAUUGAUUACAAAAUCGAAUAAUAUGUAUCCUUAGAUAAGAUUUUAUAAAAUUUGUUAGCAAAUUUAUUUUUGAAAAAUCUUGCCCAUAUAUAUAUUUUGUGAUUGGUAUUCUUUUCAAAAUGAACACAAAUCGACAUAGAUGGAGGGAAUUUUACAAAUUUAUUAGUGUCAUCCAUUUCUGAAAAAAAAAAUUCGCCAUUCAAAUGAAUUAUAUAUCUCAAUUCUGUAUAUCAUGUUUUUGUGUUCAUAGACGACUUUUUUAAGUGUAUGGUUAGAAAAUAAACGGAUUCCAAGACUUUUGAGAGAGGGAGAGAGAGAGCAGUUCUUUACCUUGGUACGUGUAGCCUCCACCACUAAAUAGUAUUGUUGAUUGUGGAGCAAAGGGUUCUUGAAAUGUGAUUCAUGCAUUGAUAAUACA